AUGCACCAAGUGACAACCGACGACAGCAUGAGUGACGACGUUUUCGAAGAGGACACGCUGCGUGCGCCUGUGCAGCGCAGCACCCCCUCCCCCACCGGCUACCCGGACUACCGGCCACCCGCUGAAAAGUCAUCGCGCUCCCUGCUGGACGAAGAAAUGCCUAUUCACAAGACAAUUUUGCUCGGGGACAGCGGCGUUGGAAAGACAUCGCUACUGGUGCAGUUCGAGACGGGCAAGUUUCAACCGGGCAAUUUUUCUGCGACCGUCGGCAUUGGUUUUACAAAAGAUGUGCAAAUUAAUGAUCUUAUGAAGUAUCGAGUUGAUUACACGUACGAGGCUAGCAUCUGA